GACCCACAUGACGAGGACGACUGCGAGUUUGCGCCGCAGCGGUCACGAUGGGCUUACGAUCCUGCCAGCCUUUCAUGCAAUAUGACCACAUGACACAGCACUUCUCUGUAGAUCCGCAUUGCUACGACUCGACUAUCUCCACCUUGAUCCCACGGUCAUACGUGACGACAGCAGGAUACAUUCCUCGCUUGGCGACGUGGAAGGCGACCCCGAGGUCUCUUCCGUUCUUGAAGAAACGCAUCUCCGAGUUCGCUGCGUCCAAAACGACCCCAAGCACGUCGCCUGUCUUGAAACGAGUGCAGUACGGGGUAUUGUCGUGGCCGUCCUUGGAGCACAGGGCGCCGCGUUGCACGUUCAGGAACCAUCCAAACUGAUUGAAGUCGAACGGGGAAUGUGGCCUUUGCAACGCUUCUUUCCAAAACGAAGGAUCUUUCGUCAAGCCGAUCGCGACCGUGUUCUUUUGCUUGGUGGUUGGGAACGAAAUUCUGACAACAAAGGCAUCCGCGGGCUCUCUGGCAAUGACGACGUUCCACCCAGAAGACGUCGUGCGCAGCCGGCGGCCAUUUCGAUCGAACUCUGAAUAGUGCCCACAUCGCGCUACGUCCCAUCGACCAGGGUACAGGUAUGGAGUCAUGUCGUGGACGGCCACGUUAUCGGCUUUGCUGCGAGGACCGCGCUUGCCUGUGGAUUUACUCGUUUGAAGGGGCUUAAGCAGUGCGGGAGCGGGAGGUGCUUUCCGAGGCGGAAGAACGCGAACUGGAACUGGAGAGGCGACCCUGGAGCGCUUGGAAGGCGGCAUAGUAGGGUCAGUCGAUUGAUUGUGAUCUUCAAUGUUGCUGCUCGCGACCGAGUAGUCCUUGUUGAGCAAUUCUUCCACGUGGUGCUGCUGUCUCAACAGUGAGGUCGACUGGUCCUCCAACAGACCGAGAUGUGAGUUCAAUUUCUUCUCCAGCGCGGUGAACGUGGACAAGAUGGUGUUCAUUGACGCGUGCUGUAUUUUCUUGAGUUCUUCAAACUGUUCCUCUUGCUUCGCGAGUUGUUUGCGGCAAUGGAUCGAUUCUGCCUUCAAAUCGGCCAAAAAUUUACUGUUGACAGACAAGUCGUCCUCGUCGCUGCUCUGAGUCCCGCUAUCGUCGUGGCUGCUUCCGCCUGCAUGCACGACUGUUUUUCUGUCAGACGUUCGAGAUCGCGCAUGCUUCCUCGUACCUUUUGC